CCAUGCUUUCAUCCUCUAUAUCUCAGCACCACCCAACUACCCAAGCCUCCUCUGGUUUAUAUGCUCUUCUCCACCGUCUCGUCUCUGUAUUUGCAUCUCUUCUCUUCCAUCUUCCGCAGGGAAUCAGGCGAAGCAAGAGACACGGCACGGCACGGCACGGCGCUGCCUGCGUGCGUGCGUGCGCUUCUCUCCUCCUUGGCUCCUCGAGGCAGGAACGGCCUUCUGCAAGUCUUCCUGCUACUAGUACUAUUCCCGCUUAACUACAACGCCAUUGCGUGACUGCGUCACGCGCCGCAGAAAAAAAGCAGCCUCAAAUGCGUCUGUGCUCGUGUCAUAGUACCAUAUCGGGAGCCGUAUAAAUCCUUCUCCUUCCCCACGCGACGGCCGGGCCGGACAAAGCGAGAGAGCGCAAAAGAAGCAGCUUUCCUGCGAGAGAUCGACAGUAUUUGAAGCACGCAACCGAAGCAAGCAAAGGCAGAGGAAAGCAAAGAGAAACGGCAGCAGGUAGCGCUGGCGAGGCUGAUGAUCCAGCAGCAGGACACGGAAGGCUCCUCGUCGUCGGUGACAUCGUCCCCGCUGCAGAACUUCUCCGCCAUGCCGCUCCACCCGGGCACCGCCGCCGCCCACACCCCGGCCGCCGCCGCGCCGCCAUGGAUGCUGCGCGAGCUCCGAUCGGACGAGCGCGGGCUCUGCCUCAUCCACCUCCUCCUCAACUGCGCCGCCGCCGCCGCCGCGGGGCGCCUCGACGCGGCCAACGCGGCGCUCGAGCACAUCGCGGCGCUGGCGGCGCCCGACGGCGACGCCAUGCAGCGCGUGGCGGCGGCCUUCGCCGAGGCCCUCGCCCGGCGCGCGCUCCGGGCGUGGCCGGGCCUGUGCCGGGCGCUCCUCCUGCCGCGGCCUUCUUCCCCGACGCCGGCCGAGUCCGCCGCCGCGCGCCGCCACUUCCUCGACCUCUGCCCGUUCCUCCGCCUCGCCGGCGCCGCCGCCAACCAGGCCAUCCUGGAGGCCAUGGAGGGGGAGAAGAUCGUCCACGUCGUCGACCUCGGCGGCUGCGGCGCCGACGCCACGCAGUGGCUGGAGCUGCUCCGCCUCCUCGCCGCCCGCCCCGAAGGCCCGCCGCACUUCCGCCUCACCGCCGUCCAUGAGCACAAGGACCUUCUCUCCCAAACCGCCAUGGUGCUCACCAAGGAAGCAGAGCGCCUCGACGUCCCCUUCCAGUUCAACCCCGUAAUCACCCCCCGGCUGGAAUCCCUCGACGUGGAGUCCCUCCGCGUGAAGACCGGCGAGGCUCUCGCCAUCAGCUGCUCCCUCCAGCUCCACUGCCUCCUCGCCACCGACGAAGACGCCUCCCCCGAUUCUUCCUCUGCCGCGGCAGAAAAGGGUUCUGCCGCGGCAGAGAGACGGAGCAGCCCAGAGUCCUCGGGGCUGCUAUCCCCACCAACAACCCGGCUAGAAUCCUUCCUGGGCGCCCUCUGGGGGCUCUCCCCGAAGGUCAUGGUGGUGGUGGAGCAGGAGGCGAGCCACAACACGGCGGGGCUGACGGAGCGGUUCGUGGAGGCGCUCAACUACUACGCGGCGCUGUUCGACUGCCUGGAGGUGGGCGCGUCCAGGGCUUCCGUGGAGCGGGCCCGCGUCGAGCGGUGGCUGCUCGGGGAAGAGAUCAAGGACAUCGUGGCGUGCGACGGCGCCGCCAGGAGGGAGCGGCACGAGAGGGCGGAGAGGUGGGCGGCGCGCAUGGAGGCCGCCGGGUUCGCCGGCGUGCCGCUCAGCUACUACGCGCUGCUGCAGGCCAGGCGGGCGGCGCAGGGGCUCGGGUGCGAAGGGUUCAAGGUGAGGGAGGAGAAGGGGACCUUCUUCCUCUGCUGGCAGGAUCGGGCGCUCUUCUCUGUUUCCGCGUGGCGCGGCCGCAGGUUCGACUGAUUCCGCCGGCGCCGGAGAAGGAGACGUUGUAGUCUAUCUUACCCAUGAUGGACAUUGUUGCUCGUAGUACUAAGCUUAAUUAUUAGGCGUUUGGUCGAAUCUUUUAGGAGUAGUGAGUAGAUUCGUGUUUGUCUAGGUUUCUUACUGUUGUUACCAGUACUUUGCUGGAUGGAUGCCUUGCAUGUGAUUUGUUUGUUCAUGUUCAUAGCGUGCUUUAGUUUCCCGUCA